CACAGGCUUCAUGCGUUGGCUUCUCGUCAGACGCUCUCUCUCCCUCUCUCUCUCUCUCUCUCUCUUUCUCUCCCCCUCUAUCUUUCUCUCUCUCUCUCUUUCUCUCUAAGACCUCGCAGACAUUCAAUCGUGACGGAUCUGUCCUCCACUACUCCUGUUUAAGAUUCCGCAUUUUGCCCUGCAUCGUCGCAUCCUCCUCCUCCUCACAGACAAGGGGGGAAGACGAAAAAAGCAAAGAAACUGGAAUCUGGCUGUAUUUUUUCCUCGUCGGGAUUCAAUCAAGUUUUACCCAGAGGAGUUUAUUUUUCGUUUUGUAUUUAAUUGACAAUGACAGCCACCAAGGAGCAGCCGAAUCAGAGACAGAAUCAACAGCAGCAGGAUGAGGAUUUGGGUGGGGUCAGUCCUCCGCAGAGGAACUGGAAGGGCAUUGCCAUUGCUCUGCUGGUCAUCCUGGUGGUCUGCUCACUCAUCACCAUGUCUGUCAUCCUCCUCACACCAGCUGACACCCAAGCUGGAAGUGACACCAAACUGACUGUGGAGGAUUUGUUCAAAGCUGAAUUCCAGGUCCAUGACCCAGAAGCUACAUGGAUCAAUGACUCUGAGGUCAUCUACAGAAACAGUGAUGGCCAUGUCAUCAAGUUCAACAUCCUCACCAAUGAAACAGAGAUUGUCCUGACAAACACAACCUUCGUCAAUUUCAAUGUGGCCAAGUAUUCUCUCUCCCCUGACCUGAAGUAUGUCCUCUUUGCUUAUGAUGUGAAACAGGUUUACCGUCACUCUUACAUGGCCUCCUACAGCAUCUACAAUAUUCACACACGGGAAGUUUGGGAGCUGGACCCUCCUGAGGUGGUGAACUCUGUGCUGCAGUAUGCUGCGUGGGGAGUGCAGGGUCAACAACUGAUCUACAUAUUUGAAAAUAACAUCUACUACCAAUCUGAUGUGAAGAGCAACUCCCUUAGACUGACAUCCUCGGGGAAGGAUGGGGUCCUCUUCAAUGGAAUUGCUGACUUUCUCUAUGAAGAGGAAAUUCUUCAAACCCAUGUGGCACAUUGGUGGUCACCUGAUGGAGAGAGACUGGCCUUCUUGGUUCUGAAUGACAGUCUGGUUCCCAAUAUGGUGUUACCACGCUUCACUGGCAUGACAUACCCAAAAGGAAAGCAGUACCCAUACCCCAAGGCUGGCCAACCCAACCCAGUAGUGAAACUCUUUGUCGUCAAUCUUUACGGGCCGACGCACACGCUGGAGCUCAUGCCUCCAGAGACACUCAAACUAAGAGAGCAUUAUGUGACCAUGGUGAAGUGGAUCAGCAAAACGAAGACAUCUGUGAGGUGGCUAAACCGUGCCCAGAACAUUUCCAUCCUGACCGUGUGCGACACUACCACAGGAGCCUGUGUCACGAGACAUGAAGAAAGCUCUGAGGUCUGGCUCUCCAAGCAGAACCAAGAACCGGUGUUCUCCAAAGAUGGCAACAGGUUCUUCCUGACUGUUCCUGUCAAACAAGGAGGACGUGGAGAGUUUCAUCACAUUGCUAUGUUCACCACACAGUUCAGAGCAGAUCAAAAUGAAGUGCGACACCUCACAUCAGGAAACUGGGAGGUGACCAGGAUCAUUGCCUAUGACGAGAACACUGACAACCUGUAUUUUCUCAGCACAGAGGGUUCGUCACGGAGACGACAACUUUUCAGUGUUAAAACUGUGGGUCUGUUCCCACGGCGGUGUUUAACGUGCGAGUUAAAUAAAGCUCACUGUCUGUACUUUGAUGCUGACAUCAGCCCCACAAACCAGCACAUCAUCCUCCAUUGUAAAGGCCCUGGAGCACCUACUGUGAUUUUACACAGCCUCAACAAUUCAAAUUACUACAUUCUUGAGAACAACUCCCAUCUGAAGACUGCCUUGAAGUACAAGAGGAUCCAGCUGACUGAUUUCAGAGUAGUUCAGAUGGAGCAUUUUGAUUUACCUUUGAAGAUCUCCUACCCACCAGACUUUUCUGAUUCCCGUCACUAUGGGUUACUGCUGCUUGUUGAUGGUGCCCCUGGUGGUCAGGUGGUGACUGACCGCUUCUCGCUCAGCUGGGACUCUGUGCUGGUCAGUUCUGACAACAUCAUCGUGGCUCGUCUGGAUGGUCGGGGCAGUGGCUUCCAGGGUCAGAGGAUCUUGCACGAGGUUCACCACAGAUUGGGAACAGUCGAUGUCCAGGAUCAGAUUGCAGCAGUAGAAUACAUGAUGAAACUCCCAUAUAUUGACCAGACGCGGAUAGCUGUGUUUGGAAAGGGUUAUGGAGCCUACAUAACAUUAAUGAUGCUCAAAUCUACUGACAGCGUCUUCAAAUGCUCAUGUGCAAUGUCGCCGGUGACAGACUGGAAACUCUAUGCAUCAGCGUUCUCCGAGAGAUACCUUGGUGUGCCAUUACGGGAUGACAACAGAUACCAGUUUUCCAGUGUGCUGCAGAACAUCCAAGCACUGCAGGAGCAGACACUGAUGUUGGUGCACGGCACAGCAGAUGCCAACAUCCACUUUCAACAUACUGCCGAGCUCGUUAAAAACCUUGUGAAAGUUGGAGCAAACUACUCAAUGCAGAUCUACCCAGAUGAGGGCCAUUUCCUGUCUCAGCAGAGUCGCCAGCAUCUCUACGCCACACUGACCAGUUUCUACAGGGAUUGUCUCAAGGAGGAGGUAUUACAGAUGCCAGAGGAAGAGGAGGAAGAGGAGGAAUAGGCAGAAAGCUUUCAUAAUUAGACCUUUGGAGGAGCACGGUAGAAUUUUGCUGAAGUCAGUAAAGACUUUUAGCAUUUGGACCAAGUGUUUAACAGGACAUAAACACUGGUUUAGAGCUUCUGAUGCUCUAGAGCGUUUGUGCGUAUGUGUGUAUGCCUGUGUGUGUGUUUGUGUGUGUAAAUGUGCUGAAAAGAUAACUGGAGGACACAAGAUUGACACUUGCAUUGCCGGGACUUGAGGCAGGAACAGUCGUCUAAACAUUAAGUCAUUUCAGUUUUGGAACGCUCCAUUUCUUGGCAAAGGACACAGACAACUCCCUCCAGGCUCUUUGGGCUUUAGUCACCCACACUGAAUCACAUGCAUGGUUCUUUUCCCCUACCUCCACUUUUUCCCUUCCUGCACUCAUUCUACCAUGUUAGUCUGCAUUGUGGUAACACUUGAAAAGAAAAGAACACGGAUGUGCACUUUGGACCCACCUCUCCUUUGGAUGAAUUGUCAUACAAGCUUCAGUCAUCUACACAGAUAUUAAGUCACACAACUGAGUUCGCCUCAAUGGAAGUCAGUCCUGAAUAAGUGCAAUUUCCUGCUGAAACUCUCUGCCAUCAUCACCCACCCUAAAUGAAAACCGUCUUUAUAGGUCACACUUUAUUGUACAGGGGUUUUGUGUAGACAUGUAUGAUGCCUUAUGCUGUGAUAGUACUUGCUAGCAUUUGUCAUCAUCCAUUAGCAGUGUCAUGUAAACGAUUGUCAACUCAGGUCCUUGUGACACAGCAUUGCAGUUAGUAUGUCAGCUGUAUGGUCAGGAAUAAGUUAUGAAUUGUAUAUGAAGAUAAUGGGUAUUGGCCACACAGUUAUUGCAGUUUCCACGCCACGCUGCAAAGGUUCUCCAUCUUAAUAUGCCAUUCACUAAAAAAAUGCUAUUCAUAAAUGAAUUGAGUAAGGCCCAGUCCCAUUUCACAUUUUUACCCAUAUUUCGUUCUGUAACUGUCGCCGCUUUCUCCUUGGUACUGAUUUACAAGAGGUAGUAACAAGGUAAUAACAAGGUUAAAAGUCCGACUCGAAUAGAAUAGAAUAGAACUUUAUUCUCCACCAAGGUUGAAAUUUGCCUUCGGCUCACCAACCUGAAAUCAUAAAAUGAGACAUACAGAAAGUCAUAAAAACAACACACAGUUAAAAUAAGAUAAGAGAUAGUCAUAUCAGAGUAAAAGAAAAACAUAUGUGUAACAAACCAAUACAACUGACACAGAUAGGGUUAAAUUACAUUAAGCAAUGUUUCCAACAAGAUAUGUCCACAGUGGGAAGUAGUGCGAAUGAGCAGAAUUGACAUUUAACAACAAAAAAACCUAACAAACAAGCAAUGGUGAGAGUGAAGUAAGCAUGAUAUCAUUAGCUGUUGUUAUACAGAAUUAAUUCCUGUGGGCAUUGCUAUUUACUUGUCUGCAGCAAAGCAGAGAAGCAGAGUCAGAAAAUGUCUCCAACACCAGGAAAUACUGGUGCACCAGUUUAUGGUAUGUACAAUAUACCUUGUUGUGGUUAGUUACACAUUAUGCUAACCAAUGUGAGCUUUAUGAGGGUAACAUUAGUUUCUAUGGAUUUGGCUAAUUUGCCCUGUGUAUUUGCAACCACUUGUAAUUUGCCAUGGAAUCAUUUUUGUGUAUGACAGGAAGCCAGCAUAUUUUUUUCCACCAUCAACUGUGGCUAAACUUACUCAGAACUGUAAGACGUAGCAGAGGAAGAUGUGUUGUAGAGCUUCAUGUGACACAACUCAACUAUAUUUUUGUCUUUCAUAUCUGAAAUGUCAUACUGUUUUCAACGCUGGUUGGUUAUCGCAACAACACGGCACACAAUUUUAAUGCACGAGUUAGGUUAGGUUAGCUGAAAUAUUCCAAUUUGCGCAAUUGAUGCAACAGCAUUUUUAAGUGUUUUUAGUGCUUUUGUUGCUACAAUGCAUUUUGAUGUAACUUCUAUCACAUCACAUCCACAGAGUUCACCACAUCCACUGAAUCACCCAACAUGUGUGAUGUGUAUUUGUGUUGGGGUAGGGGCUAAGUUGUAGGGGUAAGGGGUGAAAUGGGAUUGAGCCUAAAUUAGAUGACUUUUCAGGGCAUCUCCACGGAAUUUAAGAGCUUUCGAAAGUCAAGAGACAUUUUAAUUAUUGUUGGAGACUCCCAUUUGGAGAAAAAAAAGGAAAAUACUGAAAAUCAAUGAAAAUGGGUGUAUUGAGAUGGACAAUUUUGCAGUGUCCGUAAGGUGUUUGCAUGUCUACAGGGAAUGUGUCAAGUGUUGCCACAUUUUGUACAGUACAAUAAAGCAGAGUGUGUAUAUAAAUAUAUUUUUGAGAUGUCAGAUCUCAUAGGAAGUUUAGUCUAUGGGGAUGGAUUGAUUUGACCUCGAUGUGUUGUACUUAUAUUUUCCCCUUUUUCCUUUGAGCUGUUGAUUUUCUUCUUAGGAUGAAUUUUGUAAUGCUUCUUCUUGUUCUUUUGGCUCUUUCAAAUGGGAGAGGGCAGGGCUACGGUUUUGGGAUUAUUGUGAUUGUCCUAUAGUGAUGAUUAUAAAUAAAUGAAUACAAUUAUAAAAACAAAGAGUGAUGAUGUAUAAAGCACAACAGAAUAUCAAAUCAAUCAUGACUCUUAGCAAGAUUGUUUGGAUGAAACUUAUCAUCAUAGAAGUUGAGACUAUACAAUGAAGAACUCAUGCACUAUUGAUAAUGACAUACACUAAAUAGGGUAUUUUUUAUACCCAAUGUCUCAAUCCAGAGCAAUUUAUAGGAGUUUUGAGCCCAGCAUUAUUCAUCCCUUUUAACACACAAUAACCUCUGUCAGAGCCUGAGAGGUCUGUGUCACCUGCAGAACUAAAAAUAUUCUAAGUUAUGGCAAACACCGCAGCACAUAUCUGUAUAAAAUGCUAUAACAUAGGCUACUGUACCUGGUUAAACUUGUUACCUCAACAUACUGUAUAUAAUAUGACAGUUGUAACAAACAAUAGUGGUUAUCAGGAACCCUGUGAGCAAAUCCUAUUUUGUGUUACUUUAAGUCCUAUAAACAUUCAAAUGACAUUCAUGGGAUUGUCAUUAACUGAAAUCAAAUCAGGGGUGUGUUUUAUGCAUGCAAAAUAAAACAAACAAACAAACAAAAAAACAAAACACUUUCUGGACUUUAUACACUGAGACAAACUGUUGCUUAUUGGAAACUCAAACAACUGCACACUAAAGGCCCAUUUAUACUUAAUGCAAAAGACAGAGAUGGACGGAGCCUUUUGUCCAUAUUGUGAAUUAAUUUUGUUGUGGGUGAUCUUACGGUGAUGGGAUUUGUGGGUGCAGUAUAGCAACAAUAGUCUGAUCAGUCAGAUUAACGAUGGCAAAGUGUCUAUAUGGGCAUUUAAAAAUGGAUUUUAAAAAUCCAUUUCUGUUUGAUGGAGGAAUUUCAUCCAUCAAUAGGAUCUUACUGGGACAACUUUCAGUCAGUGGUCUUACAUUCCAAAAUCCACUUGAAUUUCUAUCUAUUUUGGAUCAAGCACAUUAAAAAAACCUCUUUAAUGGAAGCCAUGUUUUUUGACACUACCCUCUAGAGGAAGUAUUGUGUUGUGUAACGUCCAUACCAAUGCAAAAGAUGCACAUAGGUAUGCGGAGACGGACAGAUUUAAAAGAGAAGAAAAUGGAGUAUAAUUGGGCCUUAACUCUCGCCCAUUCUCAACCUCUCUACUCAACUUUGCCUGCACACAUACUCAACCUGGCACAGCAUCGUCCUAUUUCUGCCACAAAGUGAAGUUUAAUGUGAAAACAGCUGCAAGAUAACAUCUGUCCUGCUGCUGCUUCUCAGCCCUGUGUGUGUGUGUCUC